CCCGAAACAACGCAUCAUGUCGACAACUAUCGCUCGUUCAGAAUAAUAUUUAUUAUUGAUAUAUUGAAUAUAACUAUUUGAUUAGUUUUUAUUUAUGUGUAUAAGCUAAUUUAUUUAACAGAAAGUGUACACGACUUAUUAAACGCAAAACAUCAUUUAGUACUAAAGACGAUUAAAAUUUCCAUAUAAAUAGAGGAAGUACUACAAACGAUGUUUGUAGUUUGAAAUUUAGUGAGGGCGCUUCAUUUCGUCGAGGUUUUCUUAUAACAAUUAUAUUAAAAUAUAGCAAGAAAAAUGUAAUGUCUUGACUAUAUAAUAACUUUUGCGAUUAUUUAUCGACACUCAACAAUUACAAUUCAUCCAUUGGGACAUCGGUGGGCGGAAACCACAUUGUUUCUAAAGUGACGUCAGCUUUGUGUCCUCAUAGGAAGUUUUAAUCAGUAGAAGUUGUAUCUGUGUCUGUUUUUCUCCCACUGAGUUCGAGCGAAACGAUGUCGUCAGAAAAAUCAGAAACGCAAGAAAAACUUAAAACUUACACAUUAGAAGAAAUAGCUAAACAUAACGACAAAAAUUCUACUUGGCUGCUCAUUCAUAACAAAGUAUUUGAAGUUACCAAAUUUUUAGAAGAGCAUCCAGGAGGAGAAGAGGUUUUAUUAGAACAAGCAGGAAAAAAUGCCACUGAAGCUUUUGAAGAUGUUGGCCAUUCCACAGAUGCAAGAGAACUCAUGAAACAAUAUAUGAUUGGAGAAUUAUGUGAGGAAGAUAAGAAAAUAACUGGUGAUAUAGAGGAGAAAAUUCAUUGGCCUUCAAGUUCCGAAGACGAAAGUUCUUGGAAAAAUUGGAUCAUUCCCAUUGUCGUCGCUGGAGUUGCCUCAAUAUUAUAUCGUCUUUAUCUCAGUUAUCACAGCUCUCUAUAAAAAAUGGAUUAGUCAUUUCUAUUUUGUAAGGGACCCACGGUUGUUCGAUUCAAUUAAAUCAACAUUACAUACCUUCUAAUAACAAAUAUCAUUUAUCUAUUAUAUCGAAUUUAUAACAAUUAUAUAUAUCAUGUAUACUUUUAUUACUCAUUUCCUUGAUUUAUAUAGAUAAUUGUUAAGUUUUAUAUUAAAAAUUCCAGAUUUAAAUAAUGCAAAAAAAAAAGUUUUAAGGAAUGCUUAGUCUCAAACAAUUGUUUGGCUCUCUGCAAAUCAU